AUGAUGUCAGACCCGGAUGGGCAAGGCGACACGGUCAUGAUGCAGGCUUUCGAGACGCAGCCUGAUGAGACGAUGGAAACUGCCGAUGGCGAUAACGCACCCGCCGAGCAACCACCUCCUGUUCAGCCGCUCGAUGCGUCGGUUGCCGAGCCCUCUAUUAUGUUGGUCAAGCAGGAAAUCGCUUCCCCAAGUAGACGACUCCAGUCUCAGGAAAGCCGCUUGAACACGACACCGCUUUGGAGCGAUGCCGGGACACGCGGUCGUCCCCCGACUGAGCAAGGCCCCUCCUCUCCGGUUCCGCCGCCAGUCGUCCAAUCGUCGACCACCAAUUCUCCGAUUAGGAAGAGCAUUUUGGUGAAACCUGAGGAGUCGAGCACACCGCAGCCAGCCACGCAAAAUGCCAACUCACCUGCCAGGCGUGAUUCUACAUUUGCGGUGCCGGCCGUUCCCACCCGAUCGCCUCCGGCAAAACGGCGCAACCUUGGGCCCGGACCAUCCACGCAAGCUCAGUUGACCGAGUCGCAGGCCAGCGCCAGUUCGAUUCCCGAUUCCCUCGCCUCCCAAGGAGCAGCACUCGAAAAAGCGAAGCGCGCAAUGGUCAAUUUGUUCGACCAGAACGACCACGCCACCCCAGAGACCAGGUUGAUCAACCUGAUCAAGGAGCAGCGAGCACGCGAAUAUCUGCGUCGUCUGACCGACCUGACACAAGACCCAACGUGGGACCAAGAGGCCCUGGUCGCCAUCACGGCCAAAGUUGGCGACGUCGUUUGGUUCUACAAUUGGUUGCUGCCGGCCUCCGAUCUGCUCAGCGCUCCUGCUUUCGUCGAACGCGCGCGGGCGCGUAUGAUCUCAUGGGCUCUGCGCUGUACGGAAUGCUUUGAGCAGAUCCCGAUCGGUACACGGAAAGCGGUAAAAAGCGCCUUCUGCCCACAUUGUUUCGAAGCACAAGGCAAGCUCUUCCCUUGCGAGGCGCUCUACCGUAUCCUGGUGCCCGUUUGGUUCUAUGAUGACAACAGCCAGGAUCGUCUCAUCUACCUCCGCAUCGACAAUAUGGCUUUGACUCGGAUGGACCCGAAGUUUCAACUCUUCUCUGGGGACAAGGUGCCGGGACUCGUGGCGGCCACUGAUGCCGAAUGGGAGGCUGCUAACGACCAGAUUAUACAGCAUUUUGCGAGCAUCUGCUCCAAAUUCUACCUACUUCCGGCAAAGUCCGUGGUCCGCGGCCAUCCACGCGACGAUCAUGGGGAAACGGUGUUGAUGGACGUGCUCGACUGUCGCGUUCGGGCCAAGCUCCAC